UCUCUGCGAAUCGUCAUCACUCCGCCGCGGCUGCUGCAGUUUCUUCUUCGUUGUUGUUCGCCGUCGCCACAAGCCGGAAGCGACAGUGACAGGGAGAGGAGAGGGAGAGGGAGAUGGACUGCUUCGCGGAGACUGAGGGGAAGAGGGCGCAUGACCCGCUGUACCAGCGGCGGGCGCCGGCGACGGGAGUGCCGGUGGACGACGUGGAGAGCGUGGUGGACGUGCCGGGGGCGGUGAUCGUCGGCGCGGGGCCGGCGGGGCUGGCCGUCGGCGCGAUGCUGGGGCUGGCCGGCGUGGCCUACGUCGUGCUGGAGCGGUGCGGGUGCAUCGCGUCGCUGUGGCGGCACCGCACGUACGACCGGCUCUGCCUGCACCUGCCCAAGCGCUUCUGCGAGCUGCCGCUCAUGCCGUUCCCGGUCAGCUACCCGGAGUACCCCACCAAGGACCAGUUCCUCGAGUACCUCGACUCGUACGCGCGCAGGUUCGCCGUCGAGCCGGUGUUCCGGCGGGCCGUGAUCAGCGCCGAGUUCGACGGGGAGUCCUGGUGGGUGUACACCAAGGAGGUGAUCACCGCGGCGGUCGGCGGCGAGCAGGCCGUCCUGGGGUGCACCAUGACGGUGUACCGGAGCAAGUGGCUCGUCGUGGCCACCGGCGAGAACGCCGAGCCCGCCGUGCCGGAGAUCGAGGGCGCCGGGAGGUUCAAGGGCCAGAUCAUGCACUCCAGCGAGUACCGUAACGGCGUCGGCUACGCCGGGAAGCGUGUCCUCGUCGUCGGAUGCGGCAACUCCGGCAUGGAGGUCAGCCUCGACCUCUGCAACCACAAUGCGCGCGCAUCCAUGGUUGUGCGCGACACGGUGCAUGUCCUGCCUAGAGAGGUGCUGGGGUGCUCCACUUUCGGUAUAUGCAUGUGGCUCCUCAGGUGGUUGCCUAUCCAGACGGUGGACCGGCUGGUCCUCCUGGUGGCGCGCCUCGUGAUCGGCGACACGGCCCGCCUCGGCUUUCCCCGCCCCGCCCUCGGGCCCCUGGAGCUCAAGGCCGUGUCCGGGAAGACGCCCGUGCUCGACGUCGGAACCCUAGCCAAGAUCAGGACUGGCCACAUCAAGGUGGUCCCAGCAGUACAGUGUUUUCAAGAACAUGGUGUGGAGUUCGUGGGUGGGAGGGUUGAAGAAUUUGAUGUUGUCAUCCUUGCCACUGGUUACAAAAGCAAUGUGCCAUAUUGGUUAAAGGAGAGCGAAUUCUUCUCGGAGAAAGAUGGCUUCCCAAGAAAGUCUAAUGGGUGGAAAGGGCAGAAUGGCUUGUAUGCUGUUGGUUUCUCAAGGCGUGGACUCUUGGGAGUGUCCAUCGACGCCACCAACAUCGUGGAGGAUAUUGUGCAGCGUUGGCAUGAUAAUGGCUAUAAAACAAGCCAGAGCAACUAAGUGACAUGGAACGGAAUCAAGUACUUGUUUUGAUCAGAGAAUUUUUCCCUCGAUCUGUACACAAAUGUGUUGGUUUGGUUCCCAUUUCGCUCUGACACAGGUAGAUACAUGCCUGAAAAAGCCAUGUUAAUUUCAGCAUUAUCUACCGGUGCAUAUGCACCUCAUUUUUUUUCCUCCAACCUCAUAAUGUAUAUAAGUCAUGGUAUAGGCAGAAAUCAUUUGUUGGAUUUUAGUAAUUUCGCCUAACUUUUAAUUAGAGGAGUGAGUAUUGAUGAGUUUGAGGGAGAAUAGCCUAAGGGUCUCUAAAUCAGUUUAGUUUUGGUCCUGCGCGCUUGUCCUUUUUGAGAAAGACUUGCUUUGCUUUGCUGAUCUUUCCUCACUCUUUUUUCAUUUUGGCAAAUGUUGUCAUGUUACUUUGUAAGUGUCAAUUGUAACAAACACAACAUUUUCAAGCAUUUAUGAUUUCCUUGUUAGUUUUUAGA